AUGAUGCAUCCUCAAGUCUUCAUUUUAGGCCUCAUGCUCCUUCUUUUAGGCGCUGUGGAAACUUAUGUAGUAGUGAAGAGGAUGGUGGGCCACCCUGUCAUACUUCCAUGUACUUACUCGACAGUUCAUGGACUCACAACCACAUGCUGGGGCAGAGGGGAAUGCCCAUUUUUUCAUUGUGCAAACACACUUAUCAAGACUAAUAGACACAGUGUCACCUAUGAGAGGAGCAGUCAGUAUCAGCUAAAGGGGCAUUAUUGGAGAGACAACACGUCCUUGGCGAUGGAGGACGCUGCUCAGAGUGACAGUGGCCUGUACUGUUGUCGAGUGGAGAUAUUAGGAUUGUUCACCAAUACGAAAGUGACUGUAUCGUUGGAAGUUAAACCAGAUUGGAAUAACACUGUGACAUCCUCAGAAGACUCUUGGGAUUAUAACAGUGAAGCGAUCUCUGCACAAAAGUUUAGAAGGAACAUGACUAAGGGCUUCUAUGUUGGCAUCUCCAUUGCUGCCCUGGUGCUGCUGCUGCUUCUGAGCACCAUGGUUAUCACCAAGUAUGUGAUUAUGACAAAGAAGUCGGAGUCUCUAGGGUAA